AUGACCCUUGUUUUGUCCAUGAAUCCUUUCCUGGACCCAGAGGGAGACCCUCCGCUCGCCACAUACCAGCCCAUAUGGGAGUCGGAUCGCUGCACUAAGACCUGCCUGUCAGACCCCACACCGCCAUGCACCUCCGAAGAACAGUUCACAGCAGAGCCGCCCUGCAGACGAGUUCCUGAUCAUAUUUCUAUGUCAAGGAUCGCAUACUUCAAGAGGAAGUUUGUUGAUGAUGAUGAUGAGGCACCCUUUAGCUUUAGGACAUACUGCCAGACUGUUGCACCAGUACUGGAGGAGCGUGCCCACGUGCUGCGCCUCUCCCUGGAGAAGAUGCGAUUCAUCGACGACCCCGAGGCAUUCCUCCGACGCUCCGUUCUUGUUAACAACCUCCUCCGGCGUCUGCGAGCAGAGAUCCUGCUCCAGAGCACUGACUGGUGCUUCCCGCCCAACCCAGCGUUCGCCGCUGGCCCCUGCAUCCUGCCUCCCAGCACGAACCCAGCACACCAGGCUCUCCACAGAGCGGUGCCCGCCCGGAUCUGCUUAGCGCCCCAAGCUGGACCGCCCUUACGCAAGCGUUUCCGAAUGGUCCGUGGAGGACAGGGGGAUCUACGCCCCGACUGUGCCCAGACAUGCUGCUGCAUCUACGCAGCGGCGGCGGCUGCGGGACACUACCUCCACCUCCCAUUCUCCAUGUACGACGCAGCACUCUCUGCCUGCCCGUCCACACCACACUCCUCCUCGUUUUUUCAGCUGGCUAGCCAUAGUAAGUUAGGGCUGACCGUAGCCAUAGAUGAUCACGACGAUGAGGAUGAAGAUCUUGAGGAAGAGGAGGAAAAUGAAGAAGAGGACGAAGAGCGGGAGGAGGAGAGGAAGAAGAAUGAUGAAAGAAGACAAGCAGGGCCUUCGGUUGAUGUUGUUAGUGACAAAUCGAGCCAGAAAAGUAGGACUCGGACCCUGAUGGGUGAUGGACACAGAAGAACAGAUAGGGUAGAAGAAGAGGAGGGGGAGCAGGAGGAAGAGGAGGAGAGGAAGAGGAGGAGGAAGAGGGUGUGAGACCAUGCCAGUGGGACUGCACAGCAACAGAAAGAGAGCCACACAAGUUUCGUUUUUGGCACCGGAGGGCUCAGAGACAAUAAUCAGAUAGCAUUCUAAGUCUGUUAAAAAUGUAACGAUGAUGAAAACUGUCAUCAGUCGAAGAUUUUUCUUUUCUCCUCAUAAUAGAUUAAGGUGGAAGCGACCUACACUAUAGAAAUGCCAAGUCAGCUUUAUUUUAAUGGGUUAUUAUACUUCAGGGUGGUACACAGACACAGCUAUCAUUAGCAUCAGUCAGAUGAAGAAAAAACAGCCUCUGCCGGCACUGCACACAUUUCUCAAACAGUUAUAAAGACCAAGGUCACGUAACGGUGGGGUCUUAGAUCCCCAAAGUGAAGUGAAGCUUGCUAUUGCACUGUCUCCAAGACCAUUUUCAAGCCUCACAGCACAAAACAAAAGGUCUCAAAUGGGGCUUUUUUUAUUGGUGCGACGGUCUCAUUUCAGGACCCUAAACAAGCCUAUGAAAUAAUGGGUUGUGGAUUUGGGAGUGUGUGUUUACUUUUGCGCGCGCGCG